UUGACAUCAUCCCAUCACAAGUUCCCCGGUGAUUUCAUCAGUAAAUAAUGUUUUGAAUACGAGUUUUGUCUUACCAACAACCUUUACAAGCAGUAAAUGCAAGCUAAAGAGUUGUUAAUUGAGUUUGGUGUCACCACAGUGCAGUGAGGGCACUGACGCGUAUGAAGCUUCUCUGCGCCAUAUUACCUAGUGGCAGCUGGCCAGCUGGGCGAGAGGCCAGCUGCUGUUGUAUCAACUGUCAAGGAUGUUUAGGAGCCCCCAGGUUCUGACUUGGUCUUGUCCCAUAAGGCUAUUGCUGCUAUUGAGAAAAUCCCACUUCUCUGCUUUCUCUGAGCACGCUGCUGCUGGAUGGCAGGGUGCAAGCGAUGUGAAGGGAAGGAAAUGUGAAGGGUUCCGUGGAAGUAAAGACGGGUCAUCCUUUUCCACAGAGACUGUAUCCCGUUCAGCACAGUUGUCUUUAGUUAACUUGGAUUGUGAUAAUCAGAUGCAGAGGGUGGCUUCAUUUCAAGACCUUUCAUCCAAAGCCAUUUUGUCCAGUCAUCAUUACCACCCUCAGGUUUCUGCCUCUGCAAAAGCCAAACGGGCGUCUGACUCUUGGAAAUGCACUGUAGUGGAAGAACCUCAAAACCUCAAAGCUGUGAGCACUUUCAGGCACUGUUUAAUCAACCCAAAUUGCCUUCACCCCUGGAGAAGGCCUAGGGACAUUUACCAGACUUCGCUCAGUUUCACCUUUGCGACUCAGUGUAACCUUCUUCAAAGCUAUGUAUGUUGCAGUCAGCACUUUGUUAGACCUUUCAGCUCGUUGACACACACGCCACAGAUUUUGAACCAUCAUCAGGCUGCCCCUCGCGUGGCAGAUGCCUGGAGAGACUGUCUAUCCCUGAAGAAUGAAAACAGGUGUCGACAGAGCCUGGGGCCCAACUUGAAGCUGUACAACGUGGACAAGGGGGAAAAAGGGACAAGUCACAGCCAGGGAAAGAACCAUGGGAGAUGGGCGUCAGUUCUGGUUUCUCUGUGCUCUGUUGAGGGGGAGCCAGCAUUUCUCUUCACUUUGCGCUCCAGCACGCUGAAGGGCAGGCACAAGGGUGAUGUCAGCUUUGCAGGAGGAAAGAGUGAUCCAUCAGAUAGAGAUUUGGUGGCCACCGCUUUAAGGGAAGCGAAGGAGGAGCUGGGCGUUUCUGUGGCUACCGAGAAGGUCUGGGGCAUCUUGAAGCCUCUCAGAGACAGGUCAGGGAUGAUGAUAGCGCCUGUGCUGGCUAACCUUGGCGCCUUCGAGGAGUUGUCCUUCAAACCAAACCCUGGAGAGGUUGAGGAGAUUUUCACCUUGUCCUUGUCCCACUUGUGCAACCCUCAGAACCGUGGCUACACACACUUCCGCACCGGCGACAAGUACGGAUACACUCUCCCAGUGUUUCGUAACGGGAAGCAUCGAGUUUGGGGCCUGACAGCCGUCGCUCUAGACCAUACCCUGAAACUUAUCGUCCCUCUUUAGCAGCUCAAUUGCCAUUCGUUUACAGUACACUUACAAUACCGAGGCACACCUUUUAAUGGGACUCACAGAUUUGACUAUGACAAAUGAGCAAGCAAGCUUUGUGUAGCAAGUUCAUGUCAAGAAUCGGUGUGAAUACAAAAUAUUUUCAUUCAUGAAGGUAAAUUUCAUUUUUUCAAUUGUGCACUUUCUGAACCUCGGAUGUCUAAGAAUCUCUCUUGAAUGGAUCAUGUGUAUAAACAUGGUGGCCAGCUGUGAUGAUGUCACUGACUAAAGGACAGGUGUUGUGUGAUGUCUCGGUCAUGGCUGUAUUAAGACAGCGUUCUGAGGAAACAUGUGAACCAACAAACCGUGCACACCGUUUUUAGAUUGCCCGUGGCUUAAAAGAAGAUGUUACGACAUCAUACGCGACCUUUGGGGGUGUAGUCUUAACAUAUUUCACAACAAACUGGCUUUAUUGACUUGCAAAAUUAUCUUAUAAAUUAACAAACAUAUGUGUAAUUCAUGGCACAAUUCCAAGCAGUGGUCCACCGGAAGGGGGUGGACUUUGCCUCUCGAUGACAGAGAUCGUAGCUUCCAGGGUGAUUUAGCUCAUAGCCACUUUUGAUCUCACAGUAAAACAAAUCUGGACAGCUAUAAACACUGAAAUGAUACAAGCUAAUCAUGUGGUGUGUUGAUGCAAUAAAGGUUGUUUUAAAGGUA